AUUACUCUAUCUAGUAAAAACUAUGGAAAUCAACGAAUUAAAAAUCAAAAUCCAACAAUUAAUCACCCAUUACACCCAGCAAAAGCAAGAAGCCACCCAAAUCAUUCAACAACUAUUCACUAAAUUAAACAGUCUAAAAGAAUUAGAAUUAUUGGAAAAAUUACCUCCUCCUUAUUUAACGGCUUAUUUACUUUACCGACAGGCUUUUUAUAGCAAUUACCAAGAGGAGCAUUUACAGCAGGCUAAUUUUGAUAGAGAAAAGUAUUUAAAGAGAUUGGAAAAAGAAAUAGAAUUAACGGCUGAAAUCAGAAAGCAAGACAUUAUUGAUGAUUUACUAGCCUUGAUUACCAACGACCAAAUAAAUAUUGCUGAAUUAACCACUUCAAUUAAUCAAAGUUUAAAAAGUAAAGAAGAAUUAAAAAUUAUGACGAGAAAUCUUAAAUCUUGCCAAUACAACUUCCCUAACUGCCAAAAAAUAGCCUCUUUUCAACAUAUCCUCAAAUUAGGAGCCGUUCGAAUUGAUAAAGGCUGA